AUGGGGCAGAGUAGUGAGAAAAAUAAAGCAAGCAAAGGGAGCAAUAAUUCUAAUAGCUCCAGCUUGGCUAAGAACCAGUUAAAGCAAGGGAGAGGCCAUUUCCAUGUUCUGAGUGUGGGAAAUGGGAAAUGUUUUGCACGGAAAUCAAAUCUUGUUAAACAUCAGAGUAGUCACACAGGUGAGAGGCCAUUUUCUUGCUCUGAGUGCGAGAAAUGUUUUACACGGAAAUCAAAUCUUGUUAAACAUAAGAGUAGUCAUACAGGUGAGAGACCAUUUCCAUGUUCUGAGUGUGGGCAAUGUUUUGCACAGAAAUCACAUCUUGUUACACAUCAGAGAAGCCACACAGGUGAGAAGCCUUUUCCAUGUUCUGAGUGUGGAAAAUGUUUUGCACAGAAAUCCAAUCUUGUUACACAUCAGAGAAGUCACACAGGUGAGAAGCCAUUUUCUUGCUCUGAGUGUGGGAAAUGUUUUGGACGCAAAUCAGAUCUUGUUACACAUCAGAGAAGUCACACAGAUAAGAAUCCAUUUCCAUGUUCUGAGUGUGGGGAAUGUUUUGCACACAAAUCAGAUCUUGUUAUACAUCAGAGAAGUCACAGAGGUGAGAAUCCAUAUCUAUGUUCUGAGUGUGGGAAAUGUUUUGCACACAAAUCACAUCUUGUUACACAUCAGAGAAGUCACACAGGUGAGAAGCCAUUUUAUUGCUCUGAGUGUGGGAAAUGUUUUACCCAGAAAUCAUGUCUUGUUAUACAUCAGAGAAGUCACACAGGUGAGAAGCCAUUUCCAUGUUCUGAGUGUGGGAAAUGUUUUGCACACAAAUCAGAUCUUGUUAUUCAUCACAGAAGUCACACAGGUGAGAAGCCAUUUUCUUGCUCUGAGUGCGGGAAAUGUUUUGCACAGAAAUCACAUCUUGUUACACAUCAGAGAAGUCACACAGGUGAGAAGCCAUUUUAUUGCUCUGAGUGUGGGAAAUGUUUUACCCAGAAAUCAAGUCUUGUUACACAUCAGAGAAGUCACACAGGUGAGAAGCCAUUUUAUUGCUCUGUGUGUGGGAAAUGUUUUACCCAGAAAUCAAGUCUUAUUAUACAUCAGAGAAGUCACACGGGUGAGAAGCCAUUUCCAUACUCUGAGAAAUAAAUCAGCUCUUGUUGCACACAACAGACAUCACUUAGGUGAGGAACCAUUUUAAUCUUCUGGAGUAUACUCAUCAUUGCCAUGCGUUUUUCUUCAAGGUUCUUAUCCUAUCUUCUAUGCUUUUUGCAGUAUACAUGCUACCACUGGGUGAAAUAUUCAGAUGUCAUGCCCUCAUCUACCACUGCUAUGCAGAUGACCUGUCUUUUGCUCCAGGUACCCAGUACCAAUCCUAAAUGGUUGUCUAGCUGAGCUCCAGGUGUUGGUGAUGCCAGUUGGCUGUGACUCAGUCCUGGGGAAACAGGUCUUUAUGAUAGAAGCUCACCACCAAAGGGCAGGGCUACAGCUCAGCUUUGCAAAGCAACCAGACUUACGCUUGGGGAUUCAGAGUUACAAAAUGCUGAUCAUGUGCGGAAUCUUGGUAUCCUGGAUGUUGGAGUGACACUUAGAUAUCAGGUAUCUGCCACAAUCAGAUUGUCAUCUGAGGAACAUAGCCAGACUCCACCACUUAUUUCCCUCAGAAGAUCUACCUACAGUCAUACAUACACUUGUAUAAUCACGCAUAGACUACUUCAAUGUCCUCUAACUGGGUCUCCCAGCAAAAGAAUUGCACCGCUUGUAGCUUGUACAGAAUGCAGCAGCCAGGCUGUUACCUAACCAGCCCGUUCCUGCCACAUAACACCCAUUCUCUACUCCCUUCACCGGCUGCCAGUAAGAUGGGGACUAUUAAUCUUACUGACUCUCCCAGCCCUACAUGACCGGGGUCCAAGGUACCAGAAGCAGCGUCUUCCUCCUUACUGCCCAGCUUGCUUCCAUCUGCAGAUGGACUGUUACCAGCAGUUCCAAGAAUCCUCAAGAAGUUCUGAGAUGUCAGAGUGGAGACAUGUUGGAUGGCACUAUUGCUGUGGUGGGGACUGCCGGAGGCACUAUCUGUGGCUAGUAUCCCCAAGCGGUGCUGAGGUGUCAGAGGGGAGAGACAGGGUGGGUGGCACUAGUGCUGUAAUUGGGUUGCCAGAUGCACUAUGGGUAAUUUAUUUUUCAUCCACUUGGGGUCACUGGAGUACUCGAGAUAUGAACGGAGAGUUAGCAGGAACAGGCACAUUUAAAUUAGUAACCUUCCUUCCCCUCCAUACUCCCAAAGGUACCUCACGUGGGGAGUUCUCCACAGUUUUUCUAUUUUUCAUAGAUUUUUUCUUUUUUACACUCAAUCCCUUCCCAGAUUAUUAAGAAGCUUUGGUCCGGGAUUGUUUGUGCUGCUGCUGCAGCAAUUGGCUUGUCGGUGCUCAGGAGAGGAGCACGAGUACGGCGGCUGCCGCGAGUCUGUCUUUAGAAGGAGGAGAGGGGGGAGGCUGAGCACAAUAUAUAUCGGUUAAUAUGGUAAUAAGUUUCAUCUUGCAUGCUUUAUUAUACUUGAGUAUAGGCAUGCACAUGGCAGGAUGCCAUUUUAACCUUACUUCCUGGUUCUUCUUGCAGGAAGUUUGCUGCUGUCCUACAACACUCGGCCACUGGAGGAGUUGGGGUGUUAGUAGGAAUUCGGUACAGCACAGGUUUCACUGAUUAUAGUGUGUCCCACGUACACUGCACUUCUGGGUUAUACACACUUUAGUUACAUUUUUACUGAGUCGUGGGACUUGUCUGUUUUUUGUCUACUUGUCUGUGUACAUAAUGAGUAAGGUAAAUGCAAAAUCAAAAAAGCAGCUUAGCUGCAAGGUCUGUGAGAGUGUGUUACCUGACGGAACUGCUGCAUGCACAGUAUGUCUUGCAAAUACGACUGCAAAUACGAACCCAUACCCAGAUCCUCCUUGGGUAAUGUCUGGGUUACAAUCAAAAUUGGAAGCUGCGCGAUAGGAGCGUGAGACGGAUAGAUCUGAGGCUAGGGUAAUACCAGAAGGGGCUCAGGAGAUGUCUAGGGCUUUGCAAGGGUUACAAAAGUCCAAGUCUAGCUCAGUUCCGAAAGAUAGUUAGCAUUUGUUUUAUAACUUACCAGUUUCAGCGAUGUUGCAUUCUGACGAUUCAAUGCCAGACCUGAUAGCUCAAGAGGAACAUGAGGAAGGUGAAUUGGGCCAGAAGUCAGAUAAUGAGGUUACUGAUAGUCUGGCCAUUGAUAAUCUCAUCGGUCAGUACAUCAGGUUCUAAAUUUUACGGAGAUUGAAGAACCUCUUUCAAAUGAUGAAGUGUUAUUUGCUAAAAGACGGAGAACACCGGUGUGUUUUCCUUAUUCAGAUUCUCUGAAUAAGCAGUUAACAGAAGCAUGGAAGAAUCCGGAUAAACGGUUUUCUAUGCCUCAACGGUUUCUGUCAAGUUACCCGUUCCCAGAGUCUAUGACGUCUAAAUGGUGAAAUUGGCCGGCUGUGGAUUCCUUGGUGUCAAAACUUUCUAAGAAGUUAACCAUUCCAGUUCCAGCUGCUAUGACGCUUAAAGGCCCAUCAGAGUGUAAGCUAGACGCUAUGCUAAAGUCAGUGUAUACAGCAGUAGGGGUGUUGCUUAGACCUGCUUUGGUUGGAGUUUGGAUUAACAAGGCUGUAGUUGCAUGGGCAACACAGCUUAAGUUGGGCCUACAAGAAGAACAUCUGUGAAUCUGCUGAGUAUCUAGGUAUGGCUUUUAUGGACGUCGGCCUGGUUAGUUCUCACCUUUCAGCUUCACAAGUUGCAGCACAACGUGCACUUUGGCUGCAUUCUUGGCAGGCGGAGGCAGAGUCCAAAUGAGGAAUAGAUGCAUUGCCUUAUGCUGGCGAGAUGUUGUUUGGUCCUGAAUUGGACAAAUGGAUUUCUCAGGCCACGGGGAGAAAGUCUGUUUUCCUACCAUUGCCUUUACAGGUUCCUAAAUGUAAAUUAUCUGGAUCAGCAUUCAAAUCCUAUAGACCUCAGUCCUUUCGAGGCCAUGCUAGAAGAACAACCAUACACAGUAGACAUGGUAGAUGACGUGGUUUUCAAUAAACCACUAACCGUCAUGACACUAAGACGACCGACAAGCCAGUGGCAUGACGGGCUUCCAGCCCAUCUCGUAUCUUCAGUUGUGGGUGUGACAACUGAGGCUGACUUAGGGAAGCUUCAGAUGUAGGGGCUGGCGUGUAGGUGAACCGUGGAGGUAAGAUUAGGUUCCUAGAAAUGCAGGAUGUUUGAACACCAUCAACCCAAAGGCGUGACCACAACAAUGGAGUAAAAUAUAAAAGUCAAUUUAUUGAACACACAGUAUAUAUCUUGGCAAUGAGAUAUCUUCAACAGUGAGUGCAGAAUGAAAUGCAGUACAGUUCCUGGGAAUGCAGCUGGUAUUUGAGACUGUGGCUAUGCAGAACAAGAUGACAAAAGUCCUUGCCAAAAUCCGGAGUUGAAAAGUCUGUGGCCACAGCUAACCGCUGUAAUGAGGAACCAGCAAGUACCGCCCAGUAGGUGGCAGACAGGAGACUGGGAUAGGCACUGAUACACUGAGGUUGAAGUGAAGUAGAUAGAGUUGCCAGAGACUGCCGAACGGAACCGGUGUGAGGAAAGAUGUGCUGAACUCACCACUGGAGCAACAGUUUGAUGGUGAACAUUGAUGGAUACUGUGGUCCGAUGUUGUGUAGAAGGAGAUGCAGAGUGAUAUAUGAAUACCGCUAGAGAUGACGUGAAGCACCGCUGUAGGCAGAUGGUAACAUCAAGCACUGCUGGAAGCUGAGGGUGAUGUAAGUGACGCGCUGGAAGCCAGUGACACUUUACCACAGAGGCUAGUGAGCGAUGCUGUAGAUAAUGGAAGUAGCAACAAUACCAAGACACCGCUGGAAGCAGAGCAGGUCCACAGCUGGAAGCCAAUGUCAGGAUCGAAGUAGAUAGCCAGGAAGCAGAGCUGGAACACUGCAGGAGUCAGGCUGCACCGCAGGGAGGUAAUUGGUGCCGGUCUCUUGGAGAAGCUGAAUCACAGGAGCUGGAGUACCUGGAAAGUCAAGCUGAGAAUUCACCAAACAGGAGAGACAUGUAUGCAAGGAUUGACAACCAAAGCACUGACCCUUACCCAACCCUGGAGCAGGAUAUUUAUACCAGCUGGUGAGCCUGGAUUGGCUGGAUAAUAUAGGCAGAGUCCAGACUGCAGCGGAUAGGCUGAAAACAACGUGAUAAAAAACAAACAUGGCUGCGCCCAUGUUUGAAACUGGAAGGAAAGUCUGUCUGUAUUUUACAUGUGGGAAUCGGCAGUAAUGGCCGCGGAGGGCAGGAGAUGCCAAACUUUAAACAAAUGGAUGUUUUGUGUAAUAUUGCCAUGCCAGCGCUGCGGCAAUCAGAGAGGAGAACCUUGAGACACAGAUAUGCAGUGCGCUGCCCGCAGACAGCGCAGGUGGAAUCCAGGCCUGGAACGCCGGGCCAGUCUCAGAAGGCACUUAGCAGGUAAAUAAUGGGGGUAAUAACCCGGAUCGUGACAGUGGGAGCACGCCUUCAGACGUUUCAUUUGGCGUGGUUUCAGACAUCCAUAGAUGGGUGGAUCCGCAAUUUAGUGUCCAAAUGUUACAAAUUAGAGUUUGAUUGUCUUUCACCAAUGCGAUUUUUCAAGACAUGUCUGCCUGUAUCAGGAGACAAGAAGGCGGUUCUGUAGACCAUGAUUCAGUCUCUCGUAGAGUCAGCAGUUUUGAUUCCGGUCCCAGAUCACCAACAGGGUCAAGGUUACUAUUCCAGUCUUUUUGUAGUACCAAAGCUGGAUGUCUCUGUCAGACCGAUAUUGAACCUAAAGGGGCUCAAUCACUACAUCGCUUACUACAGAUUCAAGAUGGAAUCCCUGCAUUCAGUGAUUGCAGGUUUAGAGCCACAUAAAUUCAUGAUUUCUCUGGAUCUCAGGGAUGCGUACUUACACAUUCCAAUUUGGCCACCACAUCAGGUGUACUUAAGGUUUGCAGUACAACUAAACCAUUAUCAAUUUCAGGCACUACCAUUUGGCCUCUCGUCAGUACCUCGGGUGUUCACGAAGGGGAUGUCUCUGAUGAUAGCUCAUCUCAGAUCCCUGGGAGUGAUAAUAGUUCUGUACUUCUCAUCAAAGCUCCGUCUCAACAGAUACUCCUUCAACAUAGAAAUUGGUUUUGAAUCGGCGCUCCACAGCACACACAAACCCAAUUAAACUCUGAUAGCUGCUCACCAGUUGUGGACGGGCUGUCCCAACAGAUUAUCAAUAAGAUCAAAAAAAGCAAAAGAAGGGAGCGCUAGGAGAGUCUAAUAUUACAUUUAUUAAUGAAACAGUGUUUCAAAUGCCACAUGAAUCACAAUAUAGCCUAGUAAAAAGUAUACACAUUUAUUUAAUAAAAUACUGUAUUAAAUACAGCUGCAAUGUAUCACCUGAAUUAAAAAAUAAAUAGUGAAAUGACACUUAAUAUAACCCGUAUUUUGGCCGUGCGUCCACGGACUAAAAGGUUUUAUGGAUUAGUUAGUUAGGAAAGAUGGUGACGUCUUUCAAAUCACUCCAGUUCGGAAGAUUUCACUCACGUCCUUUUCAACUAGAUGUUCUCGCACAGUGGACAGGCUCGCAUUUACAAAUUCAUCAGAUGGUGAGGCUGUCUCCAAGGGCCAGAAUACCACUACUCUGGUGGCUCCAAGUACACAAUCUCACAGCAAGAAAAAUAUUUGGAGUCUGGAAUUGGAUUAUUCUGAUGACAGACGCAAGUCUCAGAGGUUGGGGAGCAGUGGUCCAAAAUUGUCAGUUUCGGGGUCUCUGGUCAGACCGAGAAAGUUUACUUUUAAAAUGAAAAAAUGGAAAGCGUUAUGAAAAAUAAAUAAUUAUGUAUAAAGGAAAAAAUGUUAACAGAGAUAUGCGGUACCUGUAAAUGAAAUAGUUUGGUUAAAUCGAGAAUGUUUACACUCUUUUGAGUGAAUAUGUAGUGGAGUAGCCAGCACAGUGAGUUUUUAUUAACCUGGUUUGCAGGUGUCCUACCUUUCCCUGCGCUUAGGAUGUUCACAAGCCGCUGUGGCUCUGAUGUGUGUUGCCGUGCGGCGGCCGGCGAGGCUAGCGGCUUUGAUGUUUCUUGCCGCACGGCGGCCGGCGGGGCUGGCAGCGUUUCAGAUCCCGCUGCGUCCAGCGGGACUGUGCACUCUGUAGUUUCUUUCCUGGCUCCAGGUGCAGCACGGUACAUAACAAGCGCAGUUAAUUUUAAUUUUCACAAGAAAGUUUACUGUCGAUAAAUGUCCUGGAACUCAGGGCAAUUUACAACACGCUGCGACAGGCAGUUCACAUGCUCCAUUCUCAGACUGUUCAGGCUCAGUCAGACAACGUGACGUCACAUACAGCAACAAACAAGGAGGAACUCAAAGUUGCAUGGCCAUGCGGGAAGUUGCUCGAAUCCUCAAGUGAUAUUGUUGGCAGUGUUUAUUCCAGGAGUGGACAACUGGGAGGCGGAUUAUCUCAGCUGGCAGGAUUUUCAUCCAGGGGAAUGGGCCCUAAAUCCAGAGGUGGGUUUACCCACAGGUGGAUCUAAUGACAUCUUGGCAAAAUCAUCAAACACCCCAUUAUGUGUCCAGAACAAGAGAUUCAAAGGCAGUGGCAGUGGAUACUCUCACAAUCGCGUGUCCGUACAGCCUCAUGUAUCGGUUUCCACCUUUUCUACUGCUUCCUCAGUUGCUAAAGCGGAUCAAAUUACAGUCCAUGAUAGUCAUAUUAGUGACGCCUCAUUGGCCUUGGAGAGCGUGGUUCUCGGAUCUCAGAGGUCUACUCGCAGACAAUCCGUGGACACUCCCGCUACGUCCAGCCAUGCUACAACAGGAUCUAUUCCUGUACCCCGGUUUAGCGCUGCUGCGUUUGACUGGGGUGCUGUUGAAACCACUCUCUUCAAAUGAGAGGGCAUUCCAGAAUCGGUUAUACCAACCAUGUUACAUGCUAGAAAGAGAAAGCCAGUAACGGCAGCUCAUUAUCAAAGGAUUUGGCAUGCCUGUAUAGGGUGGUGUGAAGCUUGGAAUUUUCCGACAUCAAGUUAUCCUUUCAAGUUAUCCCGUCUUUUGCUAUUUUUACAGACUGGGUUAGAUGGAGAACUGCGUUUAUCUACACUAAAGGUGCAGGUCUCUGCCUUGUCAAUUUACUUCAAAGGUGUUUGGCCCUUUUGCCAACUGUUCACACUUUCCUGCAAGGUGUCCUCAGAGUACAACCUCCAUUUAUACCACCUACAGCGCCAUGGGAUUUGAAUCUGGUUUUAGAUUUUUUACAGUCUUCAAAUUUUGAACCCUUGCAACAAGUGGAUGUUAAGUUUCUGACUUGGAAUACAGUUUUUCUCCUAGCCUUAGCUUCAGCAAAGCGUGUUUCAGAAUUGGGUUCCCUUGUCCUGCAAGCCACCGUAUCUGGUGUUUCAUGAUGAUAGAGCGGAACUUCGGACGAAUCCCGCUUUCCUACCAAAGGUAGUAUCUUCUUUUCAAAUCAAUCAACCAAUCAUAGUUCCGGUAUUAUCAGAGGGUGCAUGAACUCCAGCUACAUUGGAUGUGGUACGCGUACCCCGCAUUUAUGUAGCCCAAACAUCAACAGUACGUAAAACGGAUACGUUGUUUGUUCUCUAUGAUGCAGUCAAGAUAGGUUGGCCAGCUUCCAAACAGACCUUGGCCAGAUAGAUUAACUUGACCAUUCGUCAGGUGCACUUUCAUGCUAGUCUAACACCGACUGCAUGUGUCAACACAUUCCUUGCGUUCUGUGGGAACAUCAUGGGAGCAGGUCAUGGAGCUUUUAUGACGCAACUUUGCCGUGCGGCUACAUGGUCAUCAGUGCACACGUUUGUGCGCUUUUACAAGUUUAAUACGUUUGCGGCAUCAGCAUCUAGCUUUGGCCGUCUAGUGUUACAGGUGCCAAACAGCUCUCCCGCCCAAGGGGGAAACUUUGGUAUGUCCCAAGUGUACUCCAGUGACCCAUAGUGGAUGAAAAAAUAGGAUAUUGGUACUUACCAGAUAAAUCCUUUACUUUGAAUCCACAGGGGGCACUGAACGCCCACCCAGAGCAGUUUCACCUGUCUUGUGGUAAGUUCAGUAGAUCUUUUGGUAACGGAUCUCACCAACUUGCUCAAUUGUUAAGGUGAUUGUUAUCUAUUGUCGCGUCAACUGUUCAGUUGUCCAUUUCAUUAUGUGUCAACUUUAUCGUUAUCCGUUAUGUUAUAAUGUUAUAUGUAAUUCUCUAAUGUUCAUCCUAUCUAUUGCUCCUGUUUGGCUCAGUAAAAACACUGAGGUACCUUGGUGUAUGGAGGAGGUGGAGGGUUAAUAAUUUAAAUAUUUAAAUGUGCCUGUCCCUGCUAACACACCGUCCAUAUCUCAAGAGUACUCCAGUGCCCCCUUUGGAUUCAAAGAAAAUAAUUUAUCUGGUAAGAACCAAAAUCCUAUUAUUAUCCCCAAGCAGCACUAAGGUGUCUGAGGGGGAG